AUGGUGGAGUUGUAAAACCUUGUCCUUUUUUUUUUUUCCCUCUCAUCUCAUGUGAAUUAAAUAUUACUAAUUGGUUUUUUGUAUAAAAAAGGGAUUGUGAAAAGAAAAGUAAUUUUUGUUUAUGAAAAAAAGAUUAUUUUUUGUAUGAUAGAUCAGCUUUCUCAUCUGUUAUCUCACAUAAGAAACAGAACGGAAAGAGAGAGAAAGAGAGGGCAAAACUGUUGAGGAGAAAUCCCAAAUCACAACAAAGGAACAAGAAGAGGAAGCAAAAAUAAAUAGAGAAUUUUUGGAGAAUGAAUGGUCUCGCACAUCUUGAGGAGCCAGAUGAUUAUUCUGUGUUUGUUGAAGUUGAUCCUACUGGAAGAUAUGGCAGAUACAAUGAAAUCCUCGGCAAAGGAGCUUCGAAGACAGUUUACAGAGCCUUUGACGAGUAUGAAGGGAUUGAAGUUGCUUGGAACCAAGUCAAGCUUUACGAUUUCCUUCAAAGUCCCGAAGAUCUUGAAAGACUCUACUGUGAAAUCCAUCUACUCAAGACAUUGAAGCACGAGAACAUUAUGAAGUUCUACACUUCUUGGGUUGAUACUGCGAAUAGGAACAUUAACUUUGUGACUGAAAUGUUCACUUCUGGGACUUUGAGACAAUAUAGGCUAAAGCACAAGAGAGUUAACAUUAGAGCGGUCAAGCAUUGGUGUAGACAGAUCCUGAGAGGACUUCUCUACCUUCAUAGCCGUGACCCUCCUGUGAUCCACAGAGAUCUGAAGUGUGACAACAUCUUUGUCAAUGGGAACCAAGGGGAAGUGAAGAUUGGGGAUCUUGGCCUUGCUGCGAUUCUCCGGAAAUCACAUGCUGCUCAUUGUGUUGGCACACCAGAGUUCAUGGCUCCAGAAGUGUAUGAAGAGGCAUAUAAUGAAUUAGUUGACAUUUACUCAUUUGGGAUGUGCGUUUUGGAAAUGGUCACCUUUGAAUAUCCAUAUAGUGAAUGUACCCAUCCUGCUCAAAUCUACAAGAAAGUUAUAUCUGGUAAGAAACCUGAUGCUUUGUACAAGGUGAAGGAUCCAGAAGUCAGACAAUUUGUUGAAAAGUGCUUGGCAACUGUGUCUCUGAGGCACUCAGCAAGAGAGUUGUUGAAUGACCCGUUCCUUUGUAUGGAUGAUUUCGAAUCCAAUUUGAGACCACUGGAUUACACGAGUGAGUUCCAUGACAUGGGUCCUCUUCUGAGGCAACCUUACCCUGAAUUUCAUCACCAUAAUAGUUCCUUCACUAAUGGAUACUCAAAUGGUUAUGGUUAUGGUUAUGGUUAUGGUUAUGAAUCCCAAGCCGAAUGGGGGUAUCAGCCAACUGAGACUGAACACAGUGGAAUCGAACUUUUUGAAUACCAUGACAAUGAUCAUUCUCCAAAUGUCGACAUAAGUAUCAAAGGAAAGAAGAGAGACGAUGGUGGCAUCUUUUUAAGACUCAGAAUUGCUGAUAAAGAAGGCCCUAUCCGUAAUAUAUAUUUCCCAUUUGACAUUGAAACUGAUACGGCAUUGAGUGUGGCAACUGAAAUGGUUGCAGAACUUGAUAUUACUGAUCAAGAUGUGACAAAAAUAGCAGAUAUGAUUGAUGGGGAGAUUGCUUCCUUGGUGCCUGAAUGGAGAACUGGACCAGGGAUAGAAGAAACACCCCGCUUUACUAAUCAAAACUAUUGCCAAAACUGUGCUUCGAAUCGUACUUCCAACGGUUCCCUGAUGGAAUAUUUGUCAAAUAAUCCUGGCACAAGGAACUUGGAACUCCUUCAAUGUUGUAUACAUGGAUGUGCUGCUUCAAUGCAUGGUCGGUUUGAAGAGAUUACAUUUCAAGUUGAUGAAUCUGAGAAUGAGAUUGAGGGUGCACCAAAUCCAUUGAAUUAUGUGGAAAUAUGGAAUCAACAUGAAAGCCGUGAACUUAGUCCAGUGUACUCUGGACGAAGCCACUCUGAUGAAGAAUAUGAAAAGUUGAACCACCUUAGCUCAGCAAAGGAUGAGGAAGAAACGAAACUGGAAAGCAAAAUUGCUUCCGGUGCAAGAAAAUCAGUUCAUUCCUUGGCACGUUGUCGAUCAAUCUAUGACGUUCCUUCAUUGCUAUAUGACCUCUCAGACGGUUAUGAGAAUGAAAUACAGCAGGAACUUAGAUGGCUUAAAGCAAAGUACCAGAUGGAGUUGAGGAAAGUUAAAGAUAAAAAACUGGGGCUUGUUUCAGAAUCCUCAAGUUGUGGCAACUGGUUCAUGUCAUCUUCGGGAUCAAACCCAUCUCAAGGAGGUGCCAAUGGAAUUGUCAUUGAAUCCUUAGACUGUGGCAAGUAUGUGAGUGCCAACAUCCCUGCUUAUGUGAAGAAAAGCUACCCCAAUUUGGAAUCCCAAAUGCCCCGAAAUUGUGCCGCGAUGAAGGAGCCCCAAUUAGCUAAGGAAUGGUCACUACAAACUGUUUCUACAAUAGUGCUCCAUUGCUUCCAAACUCUCUUCACAGGACAACAUCCCUCCCAGUUGAUGCUGUUGAUGUAUAGAAUCUGUAAGGCCAUUCAUUCUUUCAUGCAACUUAUAUAUACUCCUUAUAGAGGCUGCGUGUAUGAUUAUGGGGGGGAGAGGUUUUUUGAGGGUUUUAGGCAUUGCUUGUAUUAUGUACAUUAUCCAUUCAACACAAAACAAUGGGAAUAAGAUGGCAUUCAGUUUAUAUCAAGAGAAAUGUAGUUAUUGCGGCU